AUGCAUGGGUAUGAUGGGACUUGCAUUAGAAGUUCUCAUGUAAAUGAGGUUGCUGUCGGCGACUGUAACACAACGUUCAAAUCUGCAAUGCCGCCUGAUUCACUGACCAUUUCUACUUCCAUCGAGAGGGACUACUUCACGGAUUUGCCCUCUUUUCCCCCACCUCUUUCAGAUGCCCUAUCGGUUUCUGAUACAUGGCACUCCAAUGUUUCUUCUUUUAUGAAACAAGAGAAUUUACUUGGCAUUGGAUUUCAAGGUGCAGAAUGUGAAGGCGAUAUUUUGAACGGAACGUGUUUGGAGAGUGUUGCCACUGGACUUCUAGAUCCAACAGAUAAUGUAGAUUCUCAGGGUCCAAUUUUCCCUUAUUUUUCUUCCGAGGAAGAGAUAAAUUUGACUGCCGAAACUUUGCAACCUCCAAAGGAUGAAAAUAAGAUGAAUAAUGUCUAUCCAUCGCCUUUUCCUAGUGGAGAAACAGGAUCAAGCAGGACGACUGGAAUGGUUUCUAGUUCUCAAUCGUCUCUACAAAUCAAUGCUACUACCAAUGGUUGCAGUGUAGCUGCUAUGAAGCCGCGAACGAGAGCAAGGCGCGGCCAGGCAACUGAUCCUCGUAGCAUUGCAGAAAGAGUACGUGGUCUUUCUUCUGCUGUGACUGAUAAAGCCUCAAUGCUUGAUGAAAUCAUUGACUAUGUCAAAUUCUUACAACUGCAAGUCAAGGUUCUAAGCAUGAGCAGGCUAAAAGCAGUCUUUCCUCUACUAACAGAUGCCCAAGAUGAGGGCUCUGGUACCCUAUUCAUACCAUCCCCAGAGGAAGCACUAAAUCUAUCUGACUCAGACAACAAUCUAACCUUUGAGCAAGAAGUAGUGAAACUCAUGGAAACAAAUGUUACUGCUGCCAUGCAGUACCUUGAAGAUAAAGGCCUCAGCCUCAUGCAGAUUGCUCUGGUUGCGGCAAUCUCAAACCAGAAAGGCUCCUCCAGUGUGACCUGUGGAGCAAUCUCCUCUUAG